UGCAAAUGCCGCUGUGUGUCAGCACCAUUUUUUGUCCCGAAAUUUACACUAAAUACUCCCAUUUACAAUGAAUCGAUUGCGUUCUGUAUUUGCAAACCAUAUUAGACGAAUUUGUAUUGGUCGAACGAUCUAUACCUCAAGAGCCUUGUGUACCGAGAUGUCUCCAGAUCUAGACAAGGAUUAUCGAGAUGCAAGUUGGUGGAAGAAACUGCAUGAACGAGUCCAAGACGGAAAUAUGUCCGUGGUGCAGAGUAUGAUAUCAGGAUUGAAACCGGGGCAGAUGAACAAUGCUGAUGCAGAGGGAUGGACACCUUUAAUGUUGGCUGCGCAAAAAGGACAUCAUGAUUUGGUGAAGACCUUCCUUGAUUUGGGUUGUGAUUCUCUUGCUGUAAAUAAAUCCGGCCAGACAGCGCUGAGCCUUGCCUUAUUUGGAAAUCACAGCGACGUCAUCAAUCUUCUUUUACAUCACAAACCAAAAGAAGAGGCGUCUUCAAUAUUUUUCUGUGACAGUCCUUUAGACCGCGCAGCAGGGAGAAGAGUAGACCCAGCCUGGCUCGAGGAGACCAUGAAACGAGAAACGUCCAAAUUUAUUAUCUUCCGCGAAAGCAGUACCUUGGUGAAAAACGAAAAAGACAGUCGUGGGCGAUCCCGAUAUGAACUUGUUACUCUGAGUUAUGAGGACGUCCACAUGGUUCUGAAAGUUGGGACGCAGUGUGUGUUUUUAGGCCUGGAAGAGGGCAAGGACAAAUCAAAGCCGGCUUGGUUUGCCCUUGGGGUUCCGUCUGCUGUGGAGGAGGAAUCGUUUACGAUGUACGUCAAGGAUACAGAGUUUCUCCAGUUGUUUCCCGGAUUGCUACAAGUGCAGGACGGAGAUGCAGCCAUCUGUGCGCAGGCGUAUUCAAUUCUUGACUGGAAUAACAAAAAUAAAUUCUGUCCAACCUGUGGGAGCAAGACGAACUCGACAGAGGCUGGUUACAAAAGGAAGUGUGAAAAUCAGGAAUGUGAAACUCUUAAAGCGAUCCAUAACACCUCCUACCCACGUGUCGACCCAUCGAUCAUCGUACUUGUCUUGUCUCCAGAUGGACAAAAGUGUCUCUUAGGAAGACAGAAACGCUUCCCACCCGGGAUGUGGUCAUGUCUAGCUGGAUUUGUGGAAGCAGGUGAGAGUAUCGAAGAUGCUUGCCUGCGAGAGAUGGAGGAGGAGGGAGGGAUCCCAAUUAGCCAUGUGGAGUACCACAGUAGUCAACCGUGGCCCUAUCCCAGCACGCUCAUGAUAGGAUGCAUGGCUUACAGCAAGACAGAGGUGCUAAAGGUGGACCAUGAGGAAUUGGAAGACGCACGCUGGUUCUCCAAACAGGAAAUCGCAUUAAUGUUUGCUCAUAAACACAAGGACAAUCUCUUUGUUCCCCCGAGGCAGGCUCUUGCUCAUCAGUUGCUGAAAUCGUGGAUGCUCAAGUCAAGAUUAUGACGUGGAAUUGGAUAGGAUAGAUGAAUUCAUUUGAAAAUAUUCAAGCAAUUGGUAGAACAUACCCUUAGCAGACUCUCUGUUAGGACACUCUAUGUUAUGGACACUAGUUCUGGUCUUAAAUGUGUUUCCAAUCAACUUUACCUCUCUAAUAUAGACACUUCUCUAUUAAGGACAGCACUUAAUAUCAGCCCGAGGGUGUCCUCAAAAGUAGCCGUAAUUGAAAAUAGUAUUUGGUGUGACAACUUUUCCAGAUUUUAAUCUGAAUAAACAUGAUAAAAGACAUAUAUAU